AUGAUCCCCAUGUCGUCCCGAGCACGACAUGGGCGGGACCCUCUUAGGAUCAAGCAGCGUGGGACUAGGAUAUGUCGGAACCCGGGCACCCUUGACGUGGUGUUUCGUAGACCCUUAUCCGGGUUAGUCUGGGCGCGUAGGACUUGUCACAAGCAUACGAGUAUUGAGGAUUCUACUGUAUGUGCUGGUGAGCUUAGUCCCAAUUGGACGGCUCAUUCCCUAGCCACAUGGUCAAUUGAGGAUUCUUCCAUGUGGACUAGUCAAACAAUCCCCCAAUUGCACGCGUUUCGAGAGACUGGUUGGGGUAUAAGAGGGAAAGUAAGUGGGCUCGGCAUCGAUACGAUGUCGGAACUAUCACGGGAUUCGUCUCAGAAUUUCAAGGAAUUCAAGGCGGGUCCUGUCAUAGUCUGA